AUGGCGUCGAGCAUUCUGUCCCACGUCGUCUCCGACCUCUGCAUCGGCAAGCCGGCGGUGCGUGUUCUGCCGCAGUCGACUCCCAUCGCGGCCGCGCUCGCCACGCUCCGCGCCGGCGCCGACCCCUUCGUCUUCGUCUUCGUGGACGCCGCGUCCUCGGACGCGAAGAAGACGGCCACGGCCGUGUCCGUCGUCAAGGUCAGCGUCGCCGAGAUUCUGUGCUAUGUCUGCGGCGACAGCGGUAACCUCGGCGACCCCGCCGCCGCGCUCAGCCGGCCCGUUUCCAUGAUCACGGCCGCGGUUGGUGACCACGGCGUCACUCGCCGAGUAGACCCACAGACAAGCCUUCUCGACGCCAUCGACGUGCUACUGGCCAACAACUCGCACAGCCUGGUCGUCCCGCUCCACGCACGCGCCGGCCGCAAGAAGCACCACCAUCACCACGUCCCUUCCGCCUCCUCUACCUACUGCGUGCUGACGCAGCAGGACAUCGUUCGCCACCUCUUCGGCUCCAUCAGCCUCUUCUCCCCGGUCGCCGCGCUCACCAUCGCCUCCCUCGGCCUCAUCCACCGGGACGUGCACGCCGUCCACGUCGACGACGACGCGCUCGACGCCAUCCCGCUCCUACAGACAUCCAUCGGUUCAGGCACCGCCGUGGCCGUCGUCGCCGACGACAACGCGCUGGUCGGGGAGAUCUGCCCGGGCGUGCUCAGCUCGUGCGACGUCGAGUCCGUGUCCGCCGCCUUCGCCGCGCUCUCCGCCGGCGACGUCAUGACGUACAUCGACUGCUACUUCUCGCCGCCCGAGUUCCUGCUUCGCUCCGUCAGAGCCCGGCUCACGGAAAAAGGGCUCCACGCCAUGCGCGACAUCAUGGACGCCGCUUACACGACGGACGCUGCCGCUCUGUCCUCGUCGACGUCGUCAUCUGACGAGGAGUCGCCGCUGGCGCGUUCCGGACGCGCGAGGAGGAUGUCGUCGGGAACGGGAAGCUUCCGGUGGCGGUCGACGGAGGACGUGGCGGCCUGCCAUGCUGGGAACUCGCUGGUGGCUGUCAUGGCCCAGGCGCUCGCGCACCGGGUCGGCCACGUCUGGGUCGUCGAAGAGGUCACUGGUGCGCUAGUCGGAGUGGUGAGCUGCGCUGAUGUGCUUGCUGUGCUCCGGAACCAUCUCCGUCCGGAAUGCUAUUCAGAUGAGUUGUGA